UCUUAUCCUAUUCACAAAUCUCCCCAUAUAUAAAUAAAGACCCUUCACCCCUAAAACCAAAACCAUCAUCAACUACUUUGAAACUUCCUAAGCAAUAGAUUGAGAGAAACCCGAUUUCAUUUCUAAGAAAAUGGCUUUUUGGUCUGCUGAGAAUGCUACUAAAGCCUAUCUUAGUACAUUGAAAACGGAUCAAAGAUCAAAAGAACCGAACGUGGCUGAGUUCAUAUCAGCUCUAGCCGCCGGAAACAACGCAAGAAAGAUCGCCGUGGCUUGUGCCGGAGCAGCAAACACUGACAUACUCGUUGCCCUGAUCGCUGCCGCAAAUCAAACGCGUGGUCAAGUGGUAUGUGUUUUACGUGGCAUCGAAGAACUGAUCAUAUCCAAGAAAAUGUUGGAACCAUCAGAGAUCCAUCAGAUACAUUUCGUAGUGGGAGAAUCUAGCGACACCAAUUUAAUUAAUGAUCAUUUCGGUGAAGCUGAUUUCGUCCUCGUGGAUUGUAACCUCGUGGACCACCAAGAUAUCGUUAGAAAGAUCGUUAAUCACCAUGAAGAAAACGCAAGAAGUGGCGGUGGAAGCGGUGUGGCGGUUGUGGUGGGUUAUAACGCGUUUUCCAGAGGAUCUUGGAGGUUUAGUGAUGGAAGAAAAACACAGUUUUUACCAAUAGGUGAAGGGUUGCUUGUGACGAGGGUCAACGAUAAUGGUAAGUAUAAUCAGAAGAUGAUGAUGAACAAGAACAAUCACCAUUAUCAUCACCAUGACCGUGUAAGAAAGAGUCAUUGGGUGGUGAAAGUUGAUAAGUGUACAGGAGAGGAGCAUGUGUUUAGGGUUAGGGUUCCACAAGGAGAAGCCAUUAUUGAAGCUUAAUUUAAAGCUUACAUACUAUUGGAUACUUUAAAGAAAAAGUCACCUCUGUGAUGGUUCAGACGAGUGAGAGAGUUAGUAUAAGAAGAAUAGUUAUUUGUAUAAGUAAUUAAAAGGAGUUUUGAUUGGUGUUGGAGUGUUUUGUUUGUUUGGAGUCUUAUUUAUUUAAAGACUUCUUUUUCUUGUAAGUGUGAAUAUGAAGAUUCGUGUUUCGUUUUUAA